AACACAUGACUGUUGCGCAAGGUUGACAGCGUACCAGUGCAGCGUUACGUAGUGUCAUUUUUCUGCUCACUCAAGGGGGCUAACGUCCAUAUUUCGGUGGUUGUAGCUCUACAAGAAGUGUGAGAAAGUUGUGGGAUCUACGUUGUGUGAAGAAGAGUCGAAGAAACGAUGCUGAACAGGGUUUUGAGUGGCCCAAAGACCCGGGUGGUGGCGGCACAACUCUUGCGGAAGAGCAAGAGUACUGCAGCUCCGGCGGCACAAACACAAACCAAAGAUGCAACAGAAAAACCCAAAGUGAAGUUUGAUUGGCUGGAUGCGCUGAACCUGGAGAGCCAGCUGACAGAAGAGGAGAUCAUGGUGCGGGACCAGUUCCGCAGCUACUGUCAGGAGAAACUCAUGCCCAGGAUACUCAUGGCCAACAGACACGAGACUUUUGACAGAGAAAUCAUGACAGAGAUGGGGCAGCUGGGAGUACUGGGCCCUACUAUCAAGGGGUAUGGCUGUGCAGGAGUGUCAUCUGUAGCCUAUGGUUUGAUAGCCAGGGAGGUGGAAAGAGUUGACAGUGCGUACAGGUCAGCCUUCAGUGUCCAGUCCUCCCUUGUGAUGCACCCUAUCAACGCCUAUGGCUCUGAGGUGCAGAAGCGCAAGUACAUCCCCAGACUUGCAACGGGAGAGCUGAUUGGUUGCUUUGGUCUGACGGAGCCCAACCACGGCAGCGACCCCGGCGGAAUGGAGACACGAGCCAAAUGGGAUGAGAACAAGAAGUGCUACAUCCUGAAUGGGGCAAAGUCAUGGAUCACCAACUCCCCGAUAGCGGAUGUGUUUAUCGUGUGGGGGAAGUGCGAGGACGGUCGCGUGCGUGGGUUCAUCCUGGAGAAGGGGAUGGGUGGACUGUCGGCGCCCAAGAUCGAGGGGAAGUUCUCGCUGCGUGCGUCCACCACAGGACAGAUCGUCAUGGAGGAUGUGGAAGUACCACAGGACAACUUGUUGCCAGGGGUGCACGGCUUGGCAGGUCCCUUUGGAUGCUUGAACAAUGCCAGAUUUGGUAUUUCCUGGGGAACUCUGGGGGCUGCAGAGUUUUGCCUGGAGACAGCCAGACAGUACACGUUGGACAGAAUCCAGUUUGGCGUGCCCCUGGCUCGUAAUCAGCUGAUCCAGAAGAAGAUGGCUGACAUGCUGACAGAGAUCACCCUCGGGCUGCAGUCAUGCUUACAAGUAGGGCGACUCAAGGACCAGGGCAGGGCCACCCCAGAAAUGAUCUCCAUGGUGAAGCGAAACUCGUGUGGGAAGUCGCUGGACAUCGCACGGUCGGCGCGGGACAUGCUGGGAGGGAACGGGAUCUGUGACGAGUACCACGUCAUCCGCCAUGUCAUGAACCUGGAGGCUGUCAACACUUACGAAGGAACACACGACAUCCAUGCUCUGAUCCUGGGGAGGGCCAUCACUGGUAUACAGGCCUUUAUGAACAAGUAGUGAGCCAUGUGCUUCUGCUAUGGACACAAAGCAUGCAAAAAACACCAAACACACAGAUGCAGUUCCUUGAAAUUUCUGAUAGAUGCAGAUUUUGUUGUAUUCAUCUUUAGAUAACAUGAAACAAAGUUAAUCACUGUCAAUGAGUUUUGCUCUUUUCCAUGUUACAUUUGUUAAACAGGAGAUUGUCUGACGGUGCAGACUUGCACCAAUAUUUCCCAUAUUUUCAUGUACAUAGAUUUUAACAAUACCAGAUCUUCCAAGAGUAAAUUGUGAAGAAAAAACUCUUGUCACCUGUUCUUACAACAAGUGUCUCAGGUUUCUUGUGUCUGUGUAGUAAGAGUUUUGUUAGGAUAGUUUUAAUUAAGACCAAGGUCUUCAUAGAAGAGUGCAAAUUAAACCAUGUGAUAUACUAGUUGUAUAGCAAGCUUGAACCAUGUUAGACACAAAGUUGAGAAUGGGGAGGGCAAAAGAAUGCAAGCCAACUUUUAUUACAAAAAAAGCAUUUUGUUUGUUCCUAUAGUCAUUGGGGGGGGGGGGGAGAAUAACAUUUUUGAAUAGAAUGAAUGACGUGUAAAAUGGUCCCCAGUACGAGAAAAUGUCACUAUUUCUAUCAGGCAAAUGAAUCUUGCCUAUGGAGCUAUUUGGCCUAAUAUAUUUUGAAAUGGUCCCCUGUAUGUUCUGUAGAUUAAAGCUACUAGUAAUUUGGUGAGAAAGGUGGCCUUCUUUUACGUAUUACAGUUUAUUUAAAUGUAGGAAACUUCGUACUUCUCUUAACCAUGAUAAUGAUGUACUGGAGAGUUGCUGACAUGUAUGGGUUGUGUACAUGCUAUAGAGAGUGAUUAACUUAUAUGUACAGGAUUAAAGGAACUUGAUAGUUGACAUACUA